CAUUUAUAAAGGAUUAGAAGUGUCGCAAAAUUCCACAUACACAAUCUAAUACAUGCCAACACCACUUUGACUUUCAUGUAUAAAUUGCUAAUAAUGACCGUCUGUAACAAUAGGGAACAGGCGCGGACUGACCAUUUGGAAAUUCGGGCACUGCCCAAGGACCCGGGAUGCCCCUGGUACCUUUUUCAUAGGCUUUUUUGAGUUUGGCCAAGGACACAGGGGCCCCAUGAUCCCCUAUUGCCCGGGGG